UGCUUCAAACCCAUUCCUAAAAACCACUUAUUUCCACCAUGAGCUCCAGUUUCAGUCAAGCCAGCUUCUCUAGAGGGAGCAGUGGUGUCUCGUCCAGACUGUCUGAUGGGAUCUUCAGAACAGCCGGUGUCUAUGGUGGUGGAUUUGGUGCAUCUUCAGUACGUGGUCUAGGUGCUGGAUUUGGUGGUGGAGCAGGCUAUGGCUCUGGAUUUGGUGGUGGAGCAGGCUUUGGUGGUGGAGCAGGCUUUGGUUCUGGAUUUGGUGGUGGAGCAGGCUUUGGCUCUGGAUUUGGUGGCGGAGCAGGCUUUGGUGUCGGUUCUGGCUCAUCCUUCAGUGCCAGCUUUAGUGGUGGUGGAGGUGGAGAUGGAUUGUUUUCUGGAAAUGAGAAGUAUACCAUGCAGAACUUGAAUGACCGUCUUUCCAACUACCUGGAUAAAGUCCGAUCCUUGGAAGCAGCAAAUAAUGAUUUGGAGGCCAAGAUCCGAGACUGGUAUUCAAAGCAGGGGUCUGUGACAGUUCGUGAGCAGAGCUUUGCUGGCUUCUACACUGCAAUUGAUGAACUUCGUGACAAGAUUUUCUUGGCAACGAUCAACAACUCAAGAGUAGUUUUGGAGGUCGACAAUGCCAGACUGGCUGCUGAUGACUUCAGGCUUAAGUACGAGAAUGAAUUUUCUCUGCGCCAGAGCGUGGAGAGUGAUAUCAGUGGACUUCGGCGCGUCUUGGAUGAGCUGUCAAUGACAAGAUCAGAUCUGGAGCUUCAGAUUGGAGGCCUCAAGGAGGAAUUGGUUUACCUGAAGAAGAACCACGAGGAGGAACUUAGCGAGAGCAAACAGCAAGCCGCUGGAACCGUCAAUGUGGAGUUGGAUGCCGCUCCUGGAAUUGACCUGCUCCAGACUCUCAAUGACCUCAGGGAACAGUAUGAACAUAUUGCAGAGAAGAACAGAAAAGAGGCUGAAGCUUUAUUCCUUAGUCAGGUUGAAAGCUUGCAGAAAGAGGUUGUCACCAGCACACAGCAAGUACAAUCCAACAAAAGCGAGAGCACAGAAAUAAGGCGCAGUCAACAAGGAGCAGAAAUGGAACUUCAAUCUCUGCUCAGUGCUAGAGCCACCCUGGAAGCCACCUUAGCAGAGACAGAAGGUCGCUAUUCUGCGCAGCUUUUCCAGCUACAGUCUAUUAUCAGCGGCGGGGAAGCACAGCUCGCCGAUCUCCGCUCGGAUCUGGAACGCCAAAACCAGGAGUACAAAGCCCUGCUGGACAUCAAGAGCAGACUGGAGCAGGAGAUCGCCACUUACCAUCAGCUCCUGGAGGGAGAGGGUGGACAAAUUGCCAGCGGAGCGUUGAAAUCAGGAUCCAGCUCAACAACCACGACCAAAAUUAUUACAGAGAAAGUUGGCGGGAAGGUCAUCUCCUCCUCCUCCUCCUCCUCCUCAAUAAGCAGAUAUUAAGAUCUUGUUGGCGAGCCAAGACCAGUUCUACAUCCCCAG